CAGUCUAGAACAUUUCUCUCCCAAUCGAAUCGCGUAUCAGGAUCUCUCUCUCUCUCUCUCUCUCUCUCUCUCUCUCUCUGUCAACACUCUGGUGCCACCACCCACACUCACUAGGGUUUAUAAUCUCUCCCCUCUUCCUGCCAAUCUCUCCAGCUUCACUAUAAUCAAAUGCUGAAUCUCCCACCUCAACUUUAUACCUGAUAUCUUCACUGGAGUUUCAAAAUUUCAAUAUGUUGAAUUGUGAACUAAUAUGAGUAGGAGUAGUACUGAAUUAUCAAGAAUGAAGGAACCACUUGUUCCGUUGGCCACCCUGAUUGGCCGGGAGCUACGGAGUGAAAAAACUGAAAAGCCAUUUGUGAAGUAUGGGCAGGCUGGCUUGGCAAAGAAAGGAGAAGAUUACUUUCUAAUCAAGACAGAUUGCCAGAGGAUUCCUGGGGAUUCGUCAACACUGUUUUCUGUCUUUGCGAUCUUUGAUGGACAUAAUGGCAUGUCCGCUGCUAUUUUUACGAAGGAAAACAUAAUCAAUAAUGUUAUGAGUGCACUACCACAAGAUCUCAGCAGGGAUGAGUGGCUUCAAGCUUUGCCUCGGGCUCUAGUUGCUGCUUUUGUGAAAACUGACAUAGAAUUCCAGCAAAAAGGGGAAAAUUCUGGAACGACAGCUACAUUUGUUCUAAUUGAUGGAUGGACUGUAACUGUUGCAUGUGUUGGGGAUUCCCGUUGCAUAUUAGAUACCCAGGGAGGUGUUGUUUCUCUAUUGACAGUUGAUCACAGAUUGGAAGAAAAUGUAGAAGAGAGGGAACGUGUUACUGCCAGUGGUGGUGAAGUAGGAAGACUAAAUGUAUUUGGAGGCAGUGAGGUAGGGCCUCUUCGCUGCUGGCCUGGUGGAUUGUGCCUUUCAAGAUCAAUUGGUGACACAGAUGUUGGAGAAUAUAUUGUUCCUAUACCACAUGUUAAGCAAGUGAAGCUGUCAAAUGCAGGUGGAAGGCUUAUUAUAGCUUCGGAUGGUAUUUGGGAUGCUUUAUCCUCUGAUAUGGCCGCCAAGUCAUGUCGGGGUGUACCUGCAGAACUUGCUGCAAAACUGGUGGUUAAGGAAGCUCUAAGGACAAGAGGGCUGAAGGAUGAUACAACCUGCCUUGUUGUAGAUAUUAUUCCUUCAGACCAUCCUGUGUUACCACCAACUCCAAGAAAGAAACCUAAUAUGCUAACUUCCCUUCUUUUUGGAAAGAAAUCUCAAAACUCCACGAACAAAGGAACCAAUAAGCUUUCUGCAGUUGGUAUUGUGGAGGAGUUAUUUGAAGAGGGUUCUGCAAUGCUUACUGAGAGGCUGGGAAAGGAUGCUCCUUCUAAUGUGAAUUCUGGGAUUUCCCGCUGUGCGGUUUGCCAAGCAGAUCAAAUCCCUAGUGAUGGUUUAUCAGUGAACAGUGAGCCUAUUUUCACUCCGGUAUCUAAGCCAUUGGAAGGACCAUUCCUCUGCACAAACUGUCAGAAGAAGAAAGAUGCCAUGGAAGGAAAAAGGUCUAUCUAGAAUGCCCACAGUGACAACAGCACAGUAAUCUAGUUUUUCUAGUAAAACAGUAAAUAUUAGUAGAAUUUUUCCCUGGCAGUGUGAGCAUGCUUGCUUCUUCUACAUUUGGGUGGUGAUUGAUUGUCAUAGGUGUGUGAGAAAUGAGAUUGAGAUAGCCAGGUUAGGUCUAUUGGAGGUUGUUGCAAGUUGUUUUUGGCUUUCGCUCAGCUGUUGGACUGACUAACAGAACAAACAUGAUUAAUUCUUAUAGUUUGAUUGUUAAUGGUUUGUCAGUAACUGACAAUUUCAUGUUUAA